UAGGAAACGUGUGUUUCACCUUUUAGUGUGUUUAUAUAUUAUUUUAUUAUUAUCAAUAUUAUUAGAAACCAGUGUAAAUGUAGUAUAAAGCAAGUACAGUUCUAGGUGUGAUUAGCAAUUUGCAUCAUUUGCAUCAAAUGUUUUUUUUGCCAUACCAUGAAAUUCAUUUGUAGCCUCAAGUCAGUGCCAAAAAUUUCCAUCAACAUGUUUCAAAUUUCCGCAACAAACACUUUUCAAUCUUCUAUUGGUAUUGGCAUCAUCAUAUUCCUCUUGUUCUUCAAAGUCAUUAAAAAAAAACGAUUCAAAAAAACCACACCAACUGCCACCUGGUCCAACUCCUCUUCCCUUCUUUGGCUGCAUCAUCCAAAUGCUUCAAAACCGGCCAACCUUCCGUUGGAUCCACAAGCUCAUGGACGAUUACAAGUCCCCAAUCAUUUGCAUUCGGCUAGGCCACUCAACCCAUGUCAUCGUAGUCUCUUCGCCAUUCCUAGCGUGCGAGUUUCUAAAAACUCAAGAUGAAAUAUUCGCUUCGAGGCCUAAAACUUUAUCAGGUUAUUUAAUAAGUAAUGGCUACCGAUCAACCAUCAUGGCCCCCUUGGGAAACCAAUGGCGAAUGAUGAGAAGAAUGUUGAACCGAAACAUCCUCUCGUUGUCAGUACACAAAUGGCUCCAACCCAAACGAGAUGCAGAAGCUAACCACUUACUUUCUUACAUAACCAGUCAGAUAAGUGAAGGCGGAUUGAUAAACAUUCGAUUAGCAAGCCAACAGUUUUGUGGAAACCUGAUAAGGAAUAUGAUUUUUGGAACAAGACUCUUUGGGGAAGGAAACUCGGGUGAUGAAGAAACUGAACAUGUCUCGGCUCUUUUCAUCAUCCUAAAGUAUUUUAGUGCAUUUUGCAUCUCUGAUUAUUUUCCGUGGUUGAGAGGGAAGACUGAUUUUGAUGGCCAUGAAAAAAUUAUAAGGACUGCCAUUGAAAUUGUCCGAAAGUACCAUGAUCCAUUGAUCGAUGAACGAAUUCAAAUGUGGAACAAUGGGGAUCGCAAGCAAGAAGUGGAUAUACUUGAUAUUCUAAUCAAACAUGAUCAACCAAAGCUUACACCACAGGAUAUUCAAGCCCAAAUUCUUGAACUAAUGAUUGCCACAAUCGAUAAUCCAUCUAAUGCAGUAGAAUGGGUGAUGGGAGAGAUGAUGAGUGAACCUACUAUACUGAAAAAAGCUGUUGAGGAGUUGGACAAGGUGGUUGGUUGCAACCGCCUUGUCGAAGAGUCAGACUUGCCCCAACUCAAUUACAUAAAAGCAUGCAUCAAGGAGUCCUUCAGGCUGCAUCCUUUUGCACCCUUCAAUGCUCCCCACUAUUCAGUAAAGGACACUGUUGUCGCGGGUUACUUCAUACCCAAGGGUAGUCACGUGUUGCUUAGUAGACUCGGGUUGGGGAGGAACCCUAAUCUGUGGAAGGAUCCGAUGCGGUUUGACCCAGAUCGACAUCUAGGAGAGAACGGAAAACAAGUGGUUCUUACUGAUAAUGAACUGAGGAUGCUUUCGUUUAGCACCGGGAAACGGGGUUGUCCAGGAGUGAUUUUGGGUUCGACCAUUACUACAACGUUGUUAGCUAGAAUGAUUCACGGGUUCUCAUGGGAGCUGCCAUGUGAUGAGAUGGGGAUUAAGCUUGUUGAAAAUUAUGAUGAUCUUCACUUGGCUAAGCCACUUGUAGUCAUUGCUAAGCCACGACUCCCUCGAUAUCUUUACCCUAAUGCGAUGUGUAGUGGUAGAGCCCUGUAGUAGGGAGUUACGUGACAAGUGUCAAUUGUGUAAGAAAGGGGGUUAUGGGGUUUUAUAUAAUCUGAGUGUGUAGUGGGGUUAUAUAUGUAUGGGGCUUUAUAUAUAUGUAUGUGAGUGGGGAAGCAGGGGCGAUGCUUUAAAGGGGCCGGGAGGGGCGUCCGACCCCCCGAACUUUUCGGCCAGUAGUGUUAUAUAUGUAGUUUUCGUAUAGAAAUAUUUGGGUAUAUAUUUUUUCGACCCCCCGGUUCUAUAGAAAUUUUUGGGUAUAUACGUUUUCGACCCCCCCGUAAAAAAAUUUCAAGCUUCUCCACUGUGGGGAAGGAAGGGUCACGUCGUUCUAUACAUCGUGGGGAGGCAAGAAAAUACCCCAUAGCGCCGGCUGUAACGGUGUAGCCGGGCGCUAUGGGGCGCCAUGGAGGGUUCCGGCGGUAUAUACCGCCCCACUACGAAGGGGCUAAAUUUUGAAGAAAAUACCAAAUUGAUUGUAGCAUAAUGGUAUCAAAUUGUAUGAUAAGGUGUAGCUCUCUCAACUGGCAAGGGUUCAAUUCCCACUGUGUACCAAACGGACUAUUUAGGAAUAGAAUGGUUUCCUUUUUAGAAA